UUGUUAUCAAUGGAAUAACAACUCUGUAACAACCGGCUUUAUUUUCUUAUUAGUUGGCAAAUUAGAAACAAAUCACCUAAUUAUCGUCUUAUCAGGUUCUCCUGCAAUGGCGGGACAUUUUUGGACGAUUUUUGCUAUAUCUAGCGCAAUUAAAGUAUUGUUAAUACCAUCACCUCACUCUACAGAUUUCGAAGUGCACCGAAAUUGGUUGGCUAUAACGCACUCACUACCCAUUAGUAAAUGGUACUAUGAAGCUACUAGCAAUUGGACGCUUGACUAUCCACCAUUCUUUGCGUAUUUUGAAUGGCUGCUAUCUUAUCCUGCGUCCAUUGUGGACCCACAAAUUGUUGGUUUAACAAAUCUCAACUAUGCUUCCACGGCCGCAAUUUACUUUCAACGUUGCUCGGUGAUAGCUAUGGAUCUAGUGUUUGCUGUUGGCGCACGACGUUGUCUGCGUGCCUUAAAAAUACCACAAAAAUCGCAGCAAUCCUUUGCAGUGGAAAUGCUGCUUUUGUUUAAUGUUGGAUUGCUUUUUUUGGAUCAUAUGCAUUUCCAGUAUAAUGGUUUCUUAUUUGGCAUACUACUGCUGAGUAUAAGCUAUUUGUUGGAGGAUCGUUUUCUGCUCUCAGCAUUCACAUUUGCCGCAUUGUUGAUGUUCAAGCAUAUAUUUCUUUAUAUGGCGCCUGCUUUUGGAUUCUAUCUACUCAAGUUUUAUUGCUUAGAUAAGAAGUGCGCUAAAAAUGCAAUAAUUUGUAUUGCCAAAUUAGCAAUUGUGGGGUUAACACCUUUCGUAGCUGCUUUCGGACCCUUCUACAAUCAAUUGGAUCAGGUUUUUAGUCGCCUAUUUCCAUUCAAGCGCGGCCUAACACACGCUUAUUGGGCGCCAAAUUUCUGGGCGCUAUAUAAUACUGCCGACAAAGUUGCUGCCAAAUUGUUACGCAUGCCAAAUGCGAUGGGGCCUUCAACCACUUCCGGUCUUGUACAAGAGUUUGUACCACAGGUUUUGCCUAACAUAACGCCGCGCAUCACAUUUGUGUUGACUUUGAUCUUUAUGUUGCCAAUCACGACAAAACUCUUCGCCAAUACGUCAAAACGCGCAUCGAAAGAUACUUUUCUGCGUGCCGUUGUUGUUUGCUCCUGCUCUGCUUUCAUGUUUGGUUGGCAUGUCCACGAGAAGGCUAUAUUAAUGUGCCUUUUACCAUUGUGCUUACUUUUCUUACUCGACUCGAGAGAUGCGAAAUACGCCUACUGGUUAAGCAUUUUUGGUUACUACUCGCUAUUUCCGUUACUCCAUCAACCAUGCGUGUUGCUGCUGCGUUAUGCGCUUUAUUUAGCCUAUAUAGCAUUCAUGUACGGACAAUUGGUUGCUCUCUACCCAAACGCGCGUAAUACAAAGAUGCAUCUGUUGGAACGAAUUUACGUAGCCGUUGGUGUCUUACUGCCCAUAUACGAACACAUCAUAAGUCCACUUUUACAUUUAGACAAAAAACUACCAUUUUUACCGCUACUCUUGACAUCACUUUAUUGUGCUUUAGCUGUUACAUACUUUUUCAUACGUUAUUACUUACAUGCAUUCACUUCAAAUACCAGUGAGCUUUCUAAAACUACAACUAAUUUUAAGUCCAAUACCAAAACUCCCGAAAUAGUUAAAGCUAAGGAUAAGUCGAAAUCAAAGUUGUUCAAGUCAAAGCUGAAGAAGGCGCAAUAAAAGUAACUGUUGUAUUGUAA